AUUAUUUACAACAUAUUUUACUGCUUGUUAGAGAGUUCUACGUAAUAAUGGGGUAGAUGUUAAUUCGUCUAAUUCGAAGCUUCUCUCUCUAAGGUGUAAUUUUGGGAGAGAUAUGGAAGGGUUUUAUGGCAGUACUGUUGAUCAGAUCGAACAUAUUGUAACAAGCACAGGGAACACUUCUAUGUUCUGUGGUCCACUGUUUGAUGAUGGUGGUGGUGGUGGUGGUGAUGAUCAUGACGAUAAUGAUCAGGGGCUUAAGUUUGAAAAAAUGGCCUCGGAUUCAGAGAAUACCUCGGAUCUGAUCAAGAUCCAGAUAGCCAAACACCCUGGUUAUCCUGAUUUAGUCGCUGCAUACAUUGAAUGCCAAAAGGUUGGUGCACCACCGGAGAAGGUGUCACUUCUUGAAGAAAUCAGGCGAGAGAACCACACCUUAGGCUUAGGCGCCGGAAGCAGCAGUCAAAUAGGAGCUGAUCCAGAACUCGACAAUUUCAUG